AUGGCCUCAACAUUUGAUCCCUCGAUGUCAGUGUCGGGCAUGCGCCCACCUCUGACAUCGGCAGAUGCGCCAUCCAUGGCCGACCAACUUCCAGUUCUCAAUUUUGGAUUCGACGAUUUACGUGCGCGGAUGGCACAGUUUACCGCAAGAUUUGACGCGUUUAUUGAGAGAGGAAGGAAGCAAGUUUUAGAGGAGAAAAAUCAAUUUCGGGUGAAUCUUGCAGAGCUCCAAGAGGACCGACGUAUGAAGCAAAAAGAUAUUGAAAUAUUUAAUUUAAAGGCACAAACCCACGCGCAAACAUUGCAAAAAGAGGCUGUGGAAGCGGCAGAGAUGCAUGAGGCGAUUGCGACAGUAACUCAAGAACGUGACGCCCGCCAGGCAACGCGAGACCGAUUAAAACAGCAGAUUGAAGAGACACAAAAGGCCAUCAAUCAGAGACUGGAAGCGCAGAGAGCGCACGCGAGACAGCUUGAAGCCCAAUCACGCCUGAACACUCCCGAGCUAGAAUUUUGGCAGGACUAUCUAUGCUUAAGGAUCGAAGGUGCAGGGAGGGAUGAUCGGCUAAAGAUUGUAUAUACUCAUUUGUUGGAAAAGGACUGGGAGAGAGAGGCCUGGUUUGAGCUUGGGACCGCCUCCCGGGAUUACGAGGUAUUCCAUUGCCGGCCCAAGUUGGAGAGGACAGUCAUCGAACGUGAACUUGACAUUGUCAACGAAGACAGGGAUUUUGGGGCCUUCCUUAAACGGAUGCGAAAAUUAUUCGUGGCAACAAUGAAGUGA